CAUUAAUUGAAUUCUUUAGGCCAAAUUUUUGCCGGCAACAGUUCCGUCCAAAAAGUUCUUCAUGAACUCCAAAGCGGCGGCCCCUCUCAACCUCGACGAAGCUACAGAUAAAAGACAGCCCUUCGAAGGCCAAUUCCACCGACGGCCGUUUUUAAACCUCGUCUCCGACCUCGACUCCCAAACCCCCUUCCGUUCCGUUAGGUCAAAUGGAUAACCGCAAAGAGAAGAGGAAACCCCAACGCGGCGGCGCCGCCGCCACAGGAGUCAUCAUCGUCCAGGUGUUCGAGGAAAAGCCCGCGGCGAUGCCGAGAACCAGCGACGCCGCGCUUCUCCUUCGUCGCCCGGCCGCCGGCGACCACCUACUCGGCUACGACCGCAGGCAGCUGCUGCUCGCUUACACCCGCCAGCUCCGGCGGAUCCACGCCGAGCAGGGCUCCUCCGCGGCUCCCACCUGGGCCAAUUGGAAAGCCGGGCUCUUGCACGCCGAUCGUCGGAUACCGAUGAAGAGGAAUCCUCCGUCGUGGAUUCAUCGACUUUGGGGCAGGAUCAGAAGGCGGCGAGGUGAGGCGGCGGCGACGCCUUCGCUGGCGACGGCGGCCGCUAAAGAGAAUGGGAAGUGGAGACGCGCAACGGGAAUGAUUUCAAGGCUGUGGAAAUGAGAGUUCCUGAAAUCGAUUGAAUUUUUUUGUUUUUUUUGUUUUUUUGUUGUAAACUAAAGAUUUUGUGUUGAUUUUCUUUUCUUUUAUUAGUAAUAAUAGAAUCCAUG